AUGAAGCUUCACAUCAUAGAUGAUGGCACAGAUAGAAUCUCAGUUUUGCCUGAUUUUAUCAUCUAUCAUAUCCUGUCUUUUCUCCCCAUGAAACUAGAUGUUGAUCGAACUAGUAUCUUGUCCAAGCGAUGGCACUAUGUUCAUGCAUCUUUCCCCAUUUUCGAAUUCGAUCAAUCUCACUUCGGAAUAAGAGGUCUUGAUCUAGAUUAUUAUGCUACUCUAUGCAAUCAAACAUUUGAGGAAGCUAAUCCUGAAGACUUUAGAACUUACAACAAGUUUAUGGAAUAUGUGGAUGCCUCUUUAUUUGGAUUCUGCAGUAGGCAAACUCUUGCCUUGCAGAAAUUCAUACUGUCCAUGGACCUCAUGGUUGAUAUUGAGUUGGAUUCUGUUGUUGACAAAUGGAUUGACUUGGCAAUGAAAAAAGGGGUUAAGAAUGUUCAUUCAACAUUAUAA